CCCAAAGUCAGUGUCCUGGGCUCGAGGGAUCAGCUCUGUAUACACCCUGAGGUGAAGAAGCAGGAGAAUAACCAUGUCAAGGUCCAUAUGUGCCGUUCCAAAGUGUCCAGUAGAUCCUGUCACUUUUACAACAAUGUGGAGGAGAAAAGCACCGAGAAGGAUCUGACCACGCAGAUAUUGGACAUUGAGGAUCUGGUGAAGAAUGGCAGCAAGCACAGGGCCUGCCCCUAUUACCUAUCCAGACAUCUGAAGCAGCAUGCGGACAUCAUAUUUAUGCCUUAUAAUUACCUUCUGGAUACUAAGAGUCGUAAAGCCCACAAUAUUGAUCUGAAAGGCACGGUGGUGAUCUUUGACGAAGCUCACAAUGUGGAGAAAAUGUGUGAAGAAUCUGCUUCUUUUGACCUAACGCCAUAUGAUUUGGCUUCUGGGAUUGACGCUUUAGAUAUGGUGAUAAAGGAGGUGACAGACAGUUUGGAGCAGAAACAAAUCAGCGCAGAGUUCAAUAUGGAGUCCUCUAGUGCCUCAUUAAAUAUACAGAUUGAAGACCUGGCUAAGAUAAAGGGGGCUCUCCUGCAGCUUGAGAACGCUAUUGAUGCCAUUUCCCUGCCAGCUAACGGGACUGGGGUCACUAAAGACGGGAGUUACAUCUUCGAGCUCUUUGGAUCUGUGGGAAUCAAUUACAACACCAAGGGAGAUCUACUGGAUCUCUUGGAACAGAUCAUACAGCACGUUGGCGGAAGUUCUGGGGUCUUCACCAACACUCUCGGCCUCCAGAAGCUGUCAGAUAUUCUCCAGAUUAUAUUUAAUAUUGAGAGCCCUGAAGGUUCUACUUCUGUCAUCAAUACCAAACAGGUCUCCAGGUACUACAAGGUUCACAUCCAUCCAGACAGCAGCCAGAAGAAGAAGCCACGGGGAGACGUGUGGAGCAAUAGCAGAAAGCAAGGAGGGAAGGUGCUCAGCUACUGGUGUUUCAGUCCUGGUUACACAAUGCACGACCUGGUGAGACAAGGAGUGCGGAGCAUCAUACUGACCAGUGGGACGCUAUGUCCCCUCUCCUCCUUCACUAUGGAGAUGCAGAUCCCUUUCAAAGUGUCUCUAGAAAACCCCCACGUGAUAGAGAAACAUCAGAUUUGGGUUGGAGUCGUUCCCCAAGGUCCUGAUGGAGCUAAGCUGAGCUCUGCGUAUGAUAGAAGAUUUUCACCGGAUUACUUAUCAUCCCUGGGAAAGACAAUCGGUAAUAUCGCUCGUGUAGUUCCACAUGGGCUCCUGAUCUUUUUCCCGUCCUAUCCUGUCAUGGAUAAAAGUCUCGAGUUCUGGAAGGAAAAUGGACUUUCCUCCCGAAUUGAUGACGUUAAGCCAAUUUUUGUGGAGACCAGAGGCAAAGGAUCAUUCAAUGAGGUUAUGGAAGCGUAUUAUGACAAGAUACAGGCUCCCAACAGCACCGGUGCCAGCUUCCUGGCAGUGUGUCGGGGAAAGGCUAGCGAGGGCUUGGAUUUUGCAGAUUGCAAUGGUCGUGGUGUGAUAAUCACAGGGCUGCCUUUUCCACCAAGGAUGGACCCUCGGGUGGUCCUGAAGAUGCAGUUCCUGGAUGAGAUGAGGAGAACGGAGGGACCUACUGGGAAGUACUUGUCCGGGCAGGACUGGUAUCGGCAGCAGGCUUCACGAGCUGUAAACCAGGCCAUUGGCAGAGUCAUCCGACAUCGGCAUGACUACGGAGCCAUCUUUUUGUGUGAUCACAGGUUCACGCAUAGCAAUGCUCACUCACAACUUCCCUCCUGGGUCCGUCCAUACGUACGCGUUUAUGACAAUUUUGGUCAUAUCAUCCGUGAUGUGUCCCAGUUCUUCCGUGUGGCACAGAAAAUCAUGCCGCCUCCUGCACUCCAUAAAGUUAAGAAAGAUGGAGGUCCUGCUGUGUGUUCCCUGGACUCCUCUUCCCCCUCUCAAUCCUCUCGUGCAUCAUCCAGCCUCCGCGAUGCCUUUAAAAAAGCAAAGAUGCUGGACUCGCAUGUGCCAAGCUUAAAGCGGAAGAGAGAUUGCGGUAAGGAGUCUGACUUUUGUGAUGAAUACGAACAGAGUUUAGGGGUCACCACCCACCGCCCGGCUAGCCUCCUGGACGCUCUGGAUCACAGUGAAAAGAGGAAUCAGGAGGACCUGAGCUCGGAUGAGAAGACUACACGUCUUUCCACAUUGUCUCUUCAGCACGAUAAGAGGCUGGAUGAUGAAAGAAGGGGAGGAAAGAAAAAGAUUAAGAUCGUUAACAACAAAACUGCAGAUGACAAUUCUCCUUCCAGCAAGAAGAAGGGCGCCGCAGAUAUGUUUUUGUUUUCCGUCAAGCAGUGUCUUAGUGAGGAGAGCUACGCCAUUUUUACAGCAGCCCUUAAAGACUAUAAGGCGACCGAUGAUCUGCAGGCGCUCAUUCCAAAGCUUUGUGCUCUCUUUUGUCAGGACCCAGGAAAGAAUGUUCUGAUGAGAGGAUUUUACCAUUUUAUCCGACCUCAUCACAAGAAAGAAUUUCAUUUGGCUUGUGAAAAAUUUACCGGAAAAGGGUGCGGAUACAAACCGGAGCACAAUAUACCACGGCAAGAGAGAGAGAAGGCACAAGUUUCCGCAGAGAGCAGCCUGGCAGCUUCCAAGCUAACUUUCUCAGAGGGUUCAGAGCAACACCUGAAUCAUGGUGGAGGCCACAUGAGCUCAGUGUCCUUGAAAGGUAAGAAUUCCAACUGCCCUCCCCACCAGGCCGGACAAACGCAGAUAUCGAAGUACCUGAAGCAGGUGAAAGAGUCCUUGGGGGCCGAAAAUUAUCAACGCUUUUCCGCAGCCCUCACCUGCUACAAGAAAACAGACAACUACGACACGAUGGUGUGCGAGAUUGCGGCUUUGCUGACAGAGAAACCGGAGCACUACUCUCUGCUGAGAGAAUUUCACAGGUUCGUCCGGGUUCAUCACAAGAAAAUGUUUAAUAAGCUAUGUGAGGACUUAACCGGAGGCAGUGCUGGCAAGAAAACUCCUCCAGAGAUGCCUCAGUGCAGCAAUGGGAGGUCAUCAACAGCCACGCUGCAAGACUCUGAAGCAUCUGAAGAUAUCCUCGUUCUGGAUACAGCGGAUUUUCAACCCAUCAAGCCUGAAUGUAAGCACAACUUGUAAAAUGGUGUUCUUGCCCCUGGAAGAGAGAAGGAUACCAUAAUCUUUGCUG